AGCCUCAAGGAGCCCACAAACAAAACGUCCCAGCUACAAGGGUCUUACACUGCCUCCUAAGAUCCAUAUAUAAACCAGCACACUAGAGCACGGAGAUAUAUAGAAGACUCAAGGGAAGAGUGACGUUUUACUUCCGUGGACUUGGAGUCUUCAGAGUUAACAGGUUUGUUUUGCUGAGACCUGAGGACACUUGUUGGAGAAGCAUUUCUGAACUUUGCACAACACAGAACAGCUUUUGAAAAGAAUGGCUCAGCGACAGAACUCCGACCAAGACCCGACUAUUGAACUCUUCAUAAAGGCUGGACACGAUGGAGAGAACAUGGGCAACUGCCCCUUCUGCCAGAGGCUCUUCAUGGUCCUGUGGCUAAAAGGAGUCAAGUUCACCGUGACAACCGUCGACAUGAGAAAAAAACCAGCAGAGCUGAAGGAUUUGGCACCUGGGACCAACCCUCCGUUCCUCCUGUACAACGGCACCCUCAAGACGGACUUUAUCAAGAUCGAGGAGUUUCUGGAACAGACAUUGGCCCCUCCCAGGUAUCCACACCUUAGCCCACUCAGCAAAGAGUCCUUUGACGUGGGCGCUGACAUUUUCGCCAAGUUUUCAGCUUUCAUCAAGAACAGCCCAGCCAACAGUACUUUCCAUGAGAAGGCGCUGCUGCGGGAGUUCAAGCGUCUGGAUCUCUACCUGACCUCCCCCGUCCCUGAAGAGAUUAACCAAAACUCCAGAGAAAACAUCCUUGUCUCCAAGAGGAAGUUCCUGGAUGGCAACCAUCUCACCCUGGCAGACUGCAACCUGCUGCCCAAGCUGCAUGUCAUCAAGAUUGCUGCCAAGAAGUACUGUGACUUUGACAUCCCGGUCCAGUUCACUGGUGUAUGGAGGUACCUGAACAAUGCCUACGAGAGGGAGGAGUUCAGUCAGACCUGCCCUGCCAACAUUGAGAUCGAGAAGGCUUACCUGGACGUAGCCAAUAAGAGGCUGUAAACCUAUAACCAAUCUUUAGCCAACAAUUACACAACCAUUACACAACUAUUACACAACAUUUCCUCUUUUACUGUUACCAUGGAAAUGGUAACCCAUUCACAAAACAUGAAGGAAUUUUGGGAGGGGCCAGCAAUCAUUAUUGAAAUAUCUCAUGUCAACUGUUUAAAAAUCAACAUUUAUAAAUUCCUGCAUGAGGAUGCAGAUAGGCAUUCUAGAAAUCAAAGUUCACAAAGAGACCCCUCCUGCUUAAUGUGCAUUAUGUUAAUUUAGCACUAUAGGGCAUGCACAAGAUGAACGACAAUGCCAUAUGUUUUACAGAGUGUGUAAUAGUAGGCUGCUACAGUAACUAAGGUCUAUGUAUGAAGACAAGUACAGACUAUUUAUUUCAUGUAAUUACACUGGCAAAUUUCAUUAUAUGCCACACUAAAUAGGCCAAGUGUACAAUUUGACUGUUUAUCUAAUUUAGUGAGUUUCUUUGUCCAUAGUGUAAAUAUAUAUUUCUUACAUGUUGUUUAUGACCUGUACACCCAUACUAUAAGAAUAUAUGAGUGUAUUCUAAUUAUGUUUAUGUGUGAUUGAAACUAGUGAUACAAAACCUAUUGUUGAUGGUUACCAUUACCACUCAGAAUAUUAAGCUCUCACCAACAAGACUACAGUCAAUUAGCAUGUAAAUAAGUGUGUGUGUGUGUGUGUGUAUGUGUGUGUGUGUGUGUGUGUGUGUUUGCUGAUCAUUUCAAAGCAUCCCAUAUACAGUAUAUGCAGUCAGUGAUUUAUGUGGUAUGAUUACACAAACUGUGUAUUUACUGUGCAUUUCUAAAUUAGUCAACUGAAAUAUAGUUGACGUCUAAUUUUAGUGUUUAAUGUUGUUGACUUCAUUCUGCUUCCAAGCAUUAGUUCGAGGCAUGUACGUUGUGUAUUUGUAUAGAAAUUGAUAUGCAAUCUUACACAGUGUUGGUCUCUCAAAAACAAAGUUGUUCCGUUCAAUCCACACGAUAUAUUUCAUUUCAUUGUCAGCCAGUCUCAACGCAAGGCCCUUUUCAACCAGAUUUAAAAAUAUAAAUAAUUUAGUCUAGGGUUAUAAGUAUAAACAUUGUGUUGGGGAUGUACGUUUAAUAUGUAAUAAGGGACACAGCUUGGGGCGAGGGUGGCAAGAUAAGGUGUUAUUGUCCAGGCAUCGUCGAAACGUCUCUUAUCCUCCUUCACCGCACAGCUUCUAGUUUGUCACACAGUAUUUCCAGAAGCAUGCUAUCCAGGGAAGAAAGCGACAAAGAUAGACACAUGUCAAGAUUCUGUGCAUCAAUUCUGCCUUCAUGAGUCCUAUCAUGUUACAUCAUCUACUGUUUGUAUCCUGCCAGGCUAUACCCACCGGGCACAGACGUUAUUUCAACGUCUAUUCCACGUUAGUUCAAUAAACAACAUUGCUUCAA